AUGUCAUUGCGCGGGCCGAUGCGGCGGUCGCAUCUGAGGCAAGUGAGCGCGGCAAGCUUGGAGAGUAGUACCACCUCUGCCCACUCACAAGAGGCCCACCAACAUGACCUCGCUACGGAUGACAGGACAGUCCGGCUCUCGUCAACAAGCUGGACGCGGCAUCAAUGUGCGAUGUGGGUGCAUGACGAAACAUUUUCGCGCGAAGAGAUCUUGUUAAACCCUUCGGCUCUCGGUGAAGCUGAAGUCCAAGUUGGAGAUGUUGUGGAGAUCUUGCCCAUGCGGGUAGCUGGAGACACCGGCUAUUCCAAUAUGAAGCCAGAGGCAGCUUCCAAAGCAGCCCGUGAGAGCCACAUGGAAAAGAACACCACGUCCCAAGCUGAGAAUACCUCCAAAUUCAAGACACCCCUGCAAAAUCGCUGUCUUUUCGUCGUGAAAGCUCUCCCGCCGGAGAUCAAGGCCCGACACCCCCAGCUGGAGCUCUCAGUGACUAACAGUGUCGCAAAUAUCUUUGGUUUCAAAAAUCGGACGCAGGUAUUGUUGUCAACCGUGGACCGUGACCAAUGCGCCGCAUCCCAUGUCGAUAUUGCGUUCCGCGACCAGUACAUGGUCCGCUCUGAUAUGUGGAGGCUUGUCAUGUCAGAACUGGUGGAUAAAAUCAUCUACAAAGGACAGAAAAUCAUGUUCAUGGGGAGCAUCAAGGCCACUGUUAAGAACAUCUUCAUCCGGGAGAAGAAAUGCCUUUCUGGAUACUUUUCCCCGCGAACAAUCCCCAUCUUCCGCAGCGAGUCUGCCAAAUAUGUUCUUUUCAUUCAAAUGUCAAAAGAGAUGUGGGAUUUUGACUCCGAGGGAACUGGUGACAUCCUUUUUAGUCGCGUCAUCAAUGGUUUCUUGCCGGAGCUUUUCAAGAGAUGGCUCAAUUCUGACGCGAAACACCUGGUCACGAUUGUCCUUUUUACCCGGGUCGAAUAUGACGCGCCUGUGAACUUGGGUCAAGCCAAUUUAAAUGCGGGUAAUUUCAACAGCACCUCCGGGCCAAACAAGGUUCCGACUCGAGACUUUUAUCGUGUGGUGGUGAAUGACAUGGCAAGCGGCCAUUGGACCACUAUCCUCGAUGAGUUGAAACGCGAGUUCAGGUCUUUUCUGCGUGAUGUGUCGAUACUCAAAACAGACGAUAUUGAGGCUGCGUCCGGCAGUGGUGUUAAGAUUCCCUCCAAACCACACAUGGCCACGAUUGCUGGGCGUCCUAGCUCGGCUUUACGGGGCAAUAUUCUAGAGGCCAUUCACCUAGCCUCUGCUCACUUGGCUUUCGAUCAUAUCGAUCGAGAUAUGGUUCAUACCGGCACCUCAAUCAUCGUUAUCACUCCUGGUAGCGGUGUUUUCGAGGUCUCCUAUGAGUCAUUGGCUUCUACAACAGAGGCACUGGCAAAUCGUGGCAUAGCCAUUGACUUGGUUUGCUUGAGUCCAAUGCCUCUGCAUUCUGUGCCUCUGUUCAAAUAUCGAGAACCAGUCGAUCGACAGUCUGGCGUUAGCGGCGGGCCGGGUGAGGAUCGACUGGGCAGAGUCUCUCCUGAAAUGCAUCAUUCUCUGUCGAGUGUCGUGAGCCGAUCUUCAUACCUGUCCCCCAGCUCAUAUCUGUCGGCAACCAGGAUGAAGGAGCGCAUGAGUCCUCAAGCCAAAGAAUGGAGCUACGGCAUUCCUCAUUGGCUCGACAUAUCCUAUUGGAACCCUGAAACGUAUCGAGAGGCCCGGCGCAUCUUGAAGAAGGACCCCAAUGCGCCAAUAUCUUCCACGGUUACUCGACCAUCUAAGGCAUUUACGCCACGAGUACGCAUGUACGAGAUUCAGAUGAUGGGAGUCAUGGAGAGUGAACAGUCGAACAUUUCUAUUCCAUAUCUCACCGAGGGCCGUGGUGGAGCUAGGGCUCGUAGCUCUUGGCCUGGAUACAAUUCGACCGGCCGUGUGCCCCCCAAACCUCGCUUAGGAAAUCAAUCGUCUUUCAAGGCACAGCUCAGCGACAGCUUGCGCCCAGGAUCGUUCAUACAGAGUGCUUCAGAGCAGAAUGAAUCACACCUGAGGGAUACUCAGGGUUCGCGAAAGUCUGUGAUGGCCUGGAUGGAUCAGUAUGAUGAAGGUCUCUUCAAUGUCACCCCAAGGCGCAUCCAGACUCGCCGAACUUCAAAGCCUAAACGACCCAGUGAAACAGAGAUCCAGACUGCCGGUGCCGGUGUACAUGAGCGAUUGUCUGCACGGUCAGUCAUGCGUUUACGUGAUCAUGAAACAAACCCAGCGGAGGGGAAUAAUCCUCUGCACUCUGGGCCUCGAAGGAUCGAUUCAAAUAUGUCAGCGCCCAAAUCUCAAGGCCCGGUGAAGAGCGUCUCCCCCAUCAAGCCAGCGUUGAAAAAGGCUCCGGCUCCGAUGACGUCCCGAAUUUCCAGAACGAUCAGCUUUGCCCUUCGAGGUUUGACUGCCACACCAACCAAAGCUCAGGCAAGCACAGUAGUAAAUGUGGAGCAUGCAAAUGCUUUGCCAAUGACAAACCAGACAACUCCUGUGGGAUCUAUUUCCGACGCCAAAAGCAUUAUUUCCCUCAGCCCCUCGGAGACAACAUCAAUCAGCACUGCUCUUGAGUUACCAUCGACUCCUUCUACUCCCAGCAAACCCCAAACUCCAUCGAAGCCGAUAUCUAUCAAACUUCCCCCGAAGAACCCCCCAAAGGAAGCAGACCAACCAGAGCGUGCAGGAGUUCGUGGCUCGUUGUCUUCUUCUGCGGUAGAGACACCAGCGCAUGAAGAUAGCCGGCAUCAGGGCGCUGGUCGUGCAAAUGAUCCAAAGAUCGAAAUCACCCUAAACCACAGCUCACGCGAGCCACUCUCACGGGACUCCCCAAGCAAAGCCUUGUCGCCAUGGGUUCGGUCGGUCAACCCGUGUAACACCCCUAAAGAUGUUUUGAGAGACACUAGCUGGUUCGGUCGGUGGCAGCACGCAUAUCCUCGGCCCCCACACGUGGCGGUCGUUAAGUGGAAGAGUUUGAAGUCCCCUGCGGUGCUUCCGCUGACCACUGAAGAGAUCCCGACGGCCAGUGUGCUAGCUUCGGAUUAUCUGCAGACGCCGUAUCGAGUGUUCCCUAACGAGGAUAUGGAAGGAAUCGAAGCACCAAAAACCAGGGGUGUGCUUUUACGAGAAAUGAUAUCCUUGCGGCUCUCGCAUGGCUUCCAGAUUAUUGUUGGCAAACGUGUUGCUGAGGUCUCAGCGCAGCCUGCUCUAGAAUCACUCAACGUCUUCGAUUUUCGUGGGCUUGAUCGUGACGGGCUCACCGUUUUUCUGUCCAAAGGCAAUACUAUUCAUCGAUUGGUGUGCGUGGUUGGGGGCGAGGUUGAAGUGACACGUUUCACACAUCAAAACUCCGCAAUGCCCACUUACCCCAAGAAACCCAGCUUCACUCUCUACCAGCCUGCUAUGAAGACAAUUCUGAGUCCGGAAUACGAAGUAAAGGACAUCAAGCUGGACCCUACGUCCGAGGAGUACAAUUGGAACUAUGCUGACAACUAUGUGGCCGGUCAUCGAGAUUAUCUCCAAAAUCCGGCACAGCAGCUGCAUUUCUGGCGAGUUCGUUACGUUUUGAUUCCUCUUCAACUUCACCCAAGCUCUCGACCUCAUCUACAUUCAUUCAGCGAGGACAAUGAGGAAGAAAUCCAUCUUCUAGGGAUCAGCCAAUUGACCCACAUUUGGCAACGCUACAAAUACGUCUCGCCUGAAGAGAAGCUCUUUGAGACAUCGAAUCCCAAAAGAGAUCAGAACCCUUUGAACAUCAUGUACCAAACACGAAAUCCCUCGGAAAUCGUUACAGCAGAAUUAGAUCGGUUGUUGCUCACUGAUCCGGGGCUUGACAACGCACCCGCUCAGCUUUUGCCUGAAUCUGAAUUGUUGGACAGAUUCAGCCUUAGCCUCUCAUCACUGGCGCAAACUAUCCAAGGUGAGAAGGGCGUUCGGAUGAUGGACCGUCGGUGGCAUUGGAGAUUGCACUACAAUUGCUUCAUUGGAUUUGAAUUCACGACCUGGCUACUGCAAAAUUUCCGAGACAUCGAUACUCGUGAAGAAGCUGUCAAAUUUGGCAACGAAUUGAUGACCAAACAUGGAUUAUUCCAGCACGUUGAAAAGAGACACAACUUCCGCGAUGGCAACUACUUCUAUCAGGUCUGUGCUGAAUACCGAGUGACCCGUCCGGAAUCACGAGGGAGCUGGUUCCCCCAGCUCAGACCGGAUAAGUCGAUGCCCUCGACGCCUGCCAUUGGAAAUCCGAAGGAAUCACCUGCUAGUCUCAAGGCCCGGUCAGACAGUAUCGACGAUCGCACCCCACAGACCCCCAACACACCCUCGAAAGCUAAGAACAAGGUCGCAAUCAUGCUUUCCAAGACAAUGAAGUAUGAUGUCGAUCCACGCAAACGAUCGAACCGGCCAGAAGUGAUCGACCUCCACUAUGACCGACUACACAAUCCUGAGAAUUGUUUCCACAUUGAGCUCAGCUGGAUGAGCACAACUCCAAAGCUGAUCGAAGAUUCUGUCGUCUCCUGGGCAUCUACUGCAGAGAAAUUUGGUUUGAAAUUGGUGCAGGUCCCAAUUUCCGAAGGAUGCGCGAUUGACAAGACUCAGCCGUUCCGCAAACCUUACGAGAUCAAGCUCAAGAUCCCACCUCCAAAGGGGCCACUGCAUACUGUGUUCAGCAAUGCAUCCUUUGCGCAACCAGGUCCGCCCGAUCAUCUCUACUACCAAAAGGCUUUACUGCGGAAGUUUGAUUUCGUGCUUGACUUCGAAGCCUGUUCGGCAUUCCCGGCAGACGUAGAAGUCUCCUACUCCUGGGGAAAGCCUGACUAUCUCUAUCCACAAUUCAUCCAUCGAAGCGGAAGUCUUCUCGCUCAAAUUACGGACGAAGGCAAUUUCCUCCUCCUCGCCAACCGUCUAGUGAGCACCCGCGGUACCGCAAGUCGAGACGGCGGCCGCUUCGAAAGCCACAAUAGGUCGGAAUUCCGAGGACGUACAGGCAAUCAUGAUGGGAUUGACCGUGAUCGCAUUUCGCCUCGGCUGUCCCCGCUUGCCCGCCCCCACGAUAUCGGCAGCCCAAUGACCUCAUCUUCUUCCUCUAACAUCGACGCUGCCAAUCUUUAUCGCGCCCCUGAGCAUAUUCUGAAUGGUCUGCUCGAAUUCUGCAGUGAUGCUGCUCAGCUGCAACAAUUCUACUCGGAGUCACACGCCCGACCAAGAUCCACUAAGGUGGAGCCCUCCACGACGAACCUGAUGGAUGCAUCGAUACCAUCGCUCGAACUCCCUGCCAGUGUGGUCAGUCAUAUUUCGCCGCCACCUGGUCUACCAUCACGAAUCACCAGUGAGACCCAAGGAUUGAUGUCGCCGGAAUUCACGCGGGCCAGAGCUCGAGGAGAAAGCCUCAGCUACAACGCAAGCCCCAGAAGCGGCAGUCUACGACCUUUGAUAUAG